AUGCACGCGUUUGUGUCACGGAAGAGAAAGUGGGCAACCGAACCACCAAAGCAGGUGGCGACAUCAACCAACGCGUCAUCCUCAAAUGUCAACGACCAAGACGAUGAAUCUACUGAUUUCAAAUUGGCCCUGCUUGCUUCCUUGCACCCAUCAGUACACAAGACUACUUUGCUGGAGGCUUUACUAUGCUCUGAUGGCUCAGUAGAAGCUGCCUCUACACAUCUAGCCCAUACCCCUUCGUCUUCUAGUAAAAAACGUCUCACAUCCUUUACAGUUGGCUACCAAUCGUCCUUGAGCGCAUAUGGAAUACUACCCAAGGAUGGUAACACGAUCUCCAGCAAGUCUUUGGUUAAAAAAGGCCGGACUUUAUAUUUGUACAGUCCAGAAGACAUCGAGAACAACACGCCAUGCUCCAUUAUUCAUAAUUUCCUGCCGGCAAAACAGGCCGAUGCUCUACUAUCAGAAUUGUUAGAAGAAGCGCCUUCAUAUCAGCGUCAGGAGUUCAAGCUUUUUGGUCGAGUCGUUUGGACGCCGCAUACAUACUGCUGUGAGUCGACCCUGUCUCAAAUUAGCUGCCUGGCUGAAGCGGAAAAGCAGAAAACCGAGUACAUGUACAAUGGACGGCAAGAAGAAAACGUACGUCAAAGUACACAAGAACUACUCAAAGCUUGUCCCCAAGUUGAAUCAGCGGUGAACCGGGAAAUCCAGCGCCGCAUUUCAAACUUUUAUCCCAAAGCACAAAAGCUGAAAUACCAGUCCCCUCACCCCUGGCGCGCUAAUACCGCUUUCGUAAACUGUUACGACGGCCCCAAGGAAAACGUAGGCUAUCACUCCGAUCAACUCACGUAUCUGGGCCCACGAGCGGUAAUUGGUAGUUUGAGUCUCGGCGUAACGCGAGAGUUCCGCGUACGUAAGAUUAUUGCAAAAGACGAUACCGCCAAACUCAACGAGUCCCUCGCCGACGCCCAAGGUCAGAUCUCAAUACAACUUCCUCACAACUCGCUCCUUAUCAUGCACGCCGAGAUGCAGGAAGAGUGGAAACAUUCUAUCGCCCCUGCACAGGCCAUUGACCCUCACCCUUUAGCCAAGAUCAAACGGAUAAACAUAACAUAUCGCUAUUACAAGGAAAUUCUGCAUCCCAAAUUUACGCCCAGAUGCCAAUGUGGUAUGCCAACCGUGUUGAGGUGCGCGACGAGAAAGAAGGAGUGCAGAGGGAGAUAUAUGUGGAUGUGUCACACUCACUACGUUCCGGGGAACGACGGGUGUGGUUUCUUUCAGUGGGCAGAAUUUGACGAUGAUGGGGAACCGCCAUGGGUUACAAGGCUACAGAGUGAUAGAUACAACACUGAUGGAAAGGGGGAGCUGGACGUAGGGGGAAGAGAGGCUUUUCACGAACUUUGA